UGCACCGGUCGGACACACGCUGCCGCUGCUUCCGUCAGAUCGGUAAAAACAUUUCAAAUAAAAUGACAAUUUUAAUAAAAUGAGAAAAGUUUAGUUGAAGAAAUGGAAGAGUUUUUUGACAUGAGCCCGCAGGAGCUGGCGGCUCCGGUCAACACUGUGGAGGACAAAUGGAAGCUGCUCCCAGCCUUUUUAAAGGUGAAGGGUUUGGUGAAGCAGCACAUCGACUCCUUCAAUUAUUUCAUUAAUGUCGAGAUAAAGAAAAUAAUGAAGGCCAAUGAAAAAAUCACAAGUGACGCGGAUCCAAUGUGGUAUUUAAAAUAUCUGAAUAUUUACGUGGGAAUGCCUGACGUGGAAGAAAGUUUUAAUGUGACGAGGCCCGUGUCGCCUCAUGAGUGUCGUCUUCGGGACAUGACGUACUCGGCUCCGAUCACUGUGGACAUAGAGUACACCAGGGGGAGUCAGAGGGUGAUCCGUAACGCUCUGCCCAUCGGGAGGAUGCCCAUCAUGUUGAGAAGUUCAAACUGUGUUCUGUCGGGAAAAACGCCGAUGGAGUUUUCAAAACUAAAUGAAUGUCCCCUGGAUCCAGGUGGGUAUUUUAUUGUGAAAGGGCAGGAGAAAGUGAUUCUGAUCCAGGAGCAGUUGUCCAAGAACAGGAUCAUUGUGGAGCAGGACAGAAAAGGAGCCGUGGGAGCCUCAGUCACCAGCUCCACUCACGAGAAGAAAAGCAGGACGAACAUGAUCGUAAAACAAGGUCGCUUCUACCUGAGACACAACACUCUGUCCGAGGACGCUCCCAUCGCCAUCAUAUUCAAGGGCAUGGGCGUGGAGAGUGACCAGGAGAUCGUGCAGAUGAUCGGCACAGAGGAGCACGUCAUGGCCAGCUUCGCCCCGAGUUUGGAAGAGUGUCAGAAAGCUCAGAUCUUCACACAGACGCAGGCCCUGAGGUUUCUGGGUAAUAAAGUUCGGCGGCAGCGCAUGUGGGGCGGGCCUAAAAAAACCAAGAUGGAGGAGGCGCGAGAGCUGCUGGCGUCGCUCAUCCUGACGCACGUACCGGUCAAAGAGUUUAACUUCCGGGCCAAGUGCAUCUACCUGGCGGUGAUGGUGCGGCGGGUCAUCCUCGCACAAGGAGACAACAAGGUGGACGACCGCGACUACUACGGCAACAAGCGCCUGGAGCUGGCUGGACAGCUCCUCUCUCUGCUGUUUGAAGACCUGUUCAAAAAGUUUAACUCGGAGCUGAAGAAGAUCGCGGAUCAGAUCAUCCCCAAACAGAGAGCGGCUCAGUUUGAUGUCGUCAAACACAUGCGCCAGGACCAGAUCACCAAUGGCAUGGUGAACGCCAUCUCCACCGGAAACUGGUCUCUGAAGAGGUUUAAGAUGGACCGUCAGGGCGUGACCCAGGUCCUGUCUCGUCUCUCAUACAUCUCCGCUCUGGGCAUGAUGACCAGGAUCUCCUCCCAGUUUGAGAAGACCAGGAAGGUCAGCGGCCCACGCUCCCUGCAGCCAUCACAGUGGGGCAUGCUGUGCCCCUCGGACACGCCUGAAGGAGAGGCCUGUGGUUUGGUGAAGAACUUGGCCUUGAUGACUCACAUCACCACAGACAUGGAGGACGGCCCCAUCAUCAAACUGGCCUUCAACCUGGGAGUAGAAGACGUGAACCUCCUGUGUGGAGAAGAGCUGUCGUACCCCAGCGUCUUCCUCGUCUUUCUCAAUGGUAAUAUUCUGGGCGUGAUCAGAGACCAUCAGAAGUUGGUGAACACCUUCAGACUGAUGCGGAGGGCGGGUUUUAUAAACGAGUUUGUGUCGAUCUCCACGAACACGAGCGACCGCUGUGUUUACAUUUCCUCUGACGGAGGACGACUCUGCAGGCCGUACAUCAUCGUUAAAAAAGGACAGCCCAUGGUGAAGACCAAACACAUGGAGGACCUGUCUCAAGGAUACAGGACGUUUGAGGACUUCCUGCACGAGGGUCUGGUCGAGUAUCUGGACGUGAAUGAGGAGAACGACUGUCAGAUCGCCGUGUACGAACGAAUGAUUCACAAAGACACGACGCACUUGGAGAUCGAACCCUUCACUUUACUGGGCGUCUGUGCCGGUCUGAUCCCGUACCCACACCACAACCAGUCUCCCAGGAACACGUACCAGUGCGCUAUGGGCAAACAGGCCAUGGGCACGAUCGGGUACAACCAGAGGAAUCGUAUCGACACACUCAUGUACCUGCUGGCGUAUCCCAUGAAGCCCAUGGUCAAAACCAAAACCAUCGAGCUCAUAGACUUCGAGAAGCUGCCCGCCGGCCAGAACGCCACUGUGGCCGUCAUGAGCUACAGCGGCUACGACAUCGAAGACGCUCUGGUCCUCAACAAGGCCUCACUGGACAGAGGCUUCGGCCGGUGUCUCGUGUAUAAAAAUACCAAAUGCACUUUGAGACGUUACACAAACCAAACCUUUGAUAAAGUGAUGGGCCCGAUGCUCGACGCCGCCACCCGGAAACCCAUCUGGAGGCACAACAUCCUGGACGCCGACGGCAUCUGCUCCCCCGGUGAGAAAGUAGAAAACAAACAGGUGUUGGUGAACAAGUCGAUGCCAACUGUGACCCAGACACCACUGGAGGGCAGCACCCAACCCGGACAGCCCCAGUACAGAGACGUGCCCAUCAGUUACAAAGGGUCCACAGACUCGUACAUUGAGAAAGUGAUGAUCUCGUCCAACGCUGAAGACGCCUUCCUCAUCAAGAUCCUCCUCCGACAAACCAGAAGACCUGAGAUCGGAGACAAGUUCAGCAGCAGACACGGGCAGAAAGGUGAGAACUUUACUCUCCGGUACAGACUGUAGACCCCACCCACUGAGAGUGUGUUUGGUCCUGGUCCUGGUCCUCGACUGGGCCUGGGCCUGGUCCUGGUUCUGGUCUUGGUCCUGGUAUCUGAGCAGACACUAAUAUUAUUUUAAUUCCUUUAAACACAAAUGGUGAAUAGGAAACAAUGAUCCGAACGUGUUUUGUAUCUUAAACUCGUCUGAGGGGUUUUGGUCGACUUCUCGUCUUUUUCUCGUCUCAGUUUUUUCUCAGGGUUAUCGAAGUGCAGAGACGAGCUUGUACCUGUGUGCUGCACUUUUACAGUUUCCUGGGGUCAGGAGUUUGUCUUCACUUUGGCUACGUUCAGACUGCAGGGCUUAAACGCUCAAUUCCGAUUUUUUGGUGAAAUCCGAUGUUUUUUCGAGGUCGUUCACAUUUCCAGUUAAAUGUGACUUGUAUGUGACUCCAGUGUGAACAUUAAACGGUCCAAAAGUGUCCCACAUGUGACACUGGAGACACGACGACGUCAACCGCAGCGAGCGUCUCUGUGUUUACACAAGUUGAACAAACAUGGACGCAGCAUCGAGCACCUGGAGAUUUUAAAGUUCCUCUCGUACCGGAGCCACAACAUGAACAACUGACUUGUUUUAAGGAGGAGAUUGAGAAGGAGAAGGA